CGAAACUGAUCGCGCAGGUUCUUCCACUUCUUACGCAGUUGUUUUUCUGUAAAAUUAGUAUAACAUUUUAUUGUAUUUUUUUAUUUUAGGUUUUUGUCAACAGGAACUGGAUUUGGAUCAAUGGCUUACAGUUUUCGUAUGGGAAAAAGCACCAUUGCGUCUAUAGUGCACGAAACAUGCCGUGUUUUAAGGACUGAGUUAGUUCCUAUUCACAUGCCGAUGCCAACAGAACAACGCCUGAAAGCUAUUGCAGAAGACUUUGCAGCUAUCUGGAAUUUCCCACACUGCAUCGGAGCAAUUGAUGGAAAACAUUGCGAAAUAAAAAAACCACCUAAAUCUGGUUCGGCACAUUGGUGCUAUAAAAAAGAAAUAGCAUAGUCAUGCAAGCUGUAGCUGACGCAAAAAGGAAAUUUGUAGCAGUCGAAGUAGGCGGUCGAGGAAAGCAAAGUGAUGGUGGUACUUUUAUUGCAUCAACACUGCAUAAGCUUACUUAUACUGCAUAACGUUAUAAUGGAUUUAAACGGUGAUCACGAUCUGGAUGUUCAACGUAUGAUAUCUUACCCGCCAUCAUAUGAAAAUCGUCACAGAAACUGCGGAGUCAAUAAUAAUCCAUCACGGAGAGCAAAAAAUGUUCGUAUAAAAUUCACAAACUAUUUCUGGGAACAAAAUCAAAGAUUGUAAUAACUUUUAGGUACUUAUAUUAAAUUAAACUCACCUUCACUUUCAGGAAAUUGUUCUUUUAUUUCACUCCAUAACUUUCUUGUUAUUGUGCGAUUACUGUCUUGUGGGUGUUUGCUUUGCCAUAAAGGUGGUUUAGAUUGAUUCGCACUUAUAAACAAUUCAGUAUUUACCGCCAUUUUAGGACAAACAAAUACAGACUCGUGUAUAAGCCGAGCGUCAAGACCGACCUAGUUUGUUACCCCCGCCGCCCGCGCAUUGGGUCGCUCGCUGACUAGGCCCGUAGUGAGGCCAGAACUCGCGGACAGGAGCGUUUGAAAACUACGCGCGCUGUCUCGCUCAAUCCCGUCGCACUAGGCUUCCGUCUUAGUCACUACAAUAUGGACACAAGGAUGCGUUUCAUUUGUUUGAUAUUUCGCGCCCGUCAUCGCAACUGCUCUAGGCUUGUAGUGUGGAUGCACACAUACGAUUGUGCGGUCCCAUAAUUAUGUGUUCGUUGUCUUCAGCCCUCAUACAUACAAAUGUGUGGGCUAAAAUUUUCCAAGAUGGCGGCCGGAAAAUGAAAAUUCGACCUCAGAUUUGCAACCAACAGCUCAUUUUACGAUAAACAGCACUUUUUUUCGGGACAAAUUCCGCCUAGUUUCGUCGCCGAUUUGAAAGGGAUAUAUGACAGAAAUAAUGGUUUAUUUUUAUUUGAGUAAGUAAACAAAAUACUUACGAGUAAAGAAAAAUUACACUAUUUUUUAAGCAAUUUUAAGAAAAUAAAUACCUACUUAAGAGAAAUUAAUAAGAAUAUUCCCUUGUCUUUUUUGCUCUGUCAAAUUAAAGAGGCAGAACAAACUUUAAUUUAGAUUUAGAAAUAUACCUGCCAUAAUCGACUUGAUUAUCAAACUAAUUAAUAACUCAAAUGCAAACCUAUUAGACUGAUUUCUUUUCUUAUAUUUUUUGCAUAGUUUAGCUAAUGGGUGCUUCCACUGAAAUGCGACAUGAUAGGCUCAAAAUAAAACUUACGCAAUCAUUACAAUUUGUAGACAAAGUAGGUAGCUUUUGAAAUGAAUUAACUGGCAACACUAAUUUUAAAACAAAAGAUGACCGUUUUUUUUCUCACUGUCAGUUUGAUUAGCAACGUUGUUUACCUUUAGAAAACACCUACAUUUUUAUUAUUUCAGAAUUAAUGUUUAUUUCUCAAGGGUUUUAAGGUAUUUUGGUACAAAUAACGGUGUUGAUAUUGUGUGAUAACUACCUUUUUACUUCGAUGCGAAUAUUUUGGUAAGCAUUCAAAUUAAAUUACUUUAUUUUAUGUAAAAGCUAACCUCCAUAAAUUUGUAACAUGAGUGACCAAAAGGCAUAUUUUUUACUUUUAAACAUAUAAAUAAUAGUCAAAAAGGAUUCUAUUUUUUUAUUUACUUCGUACAAGCGAUAAGUAAAAGUAUUGUACAAUAAUAUUUCUACAAUUGUUUUAAAGAUUUAUUGAAAAGAUGUCAUGAAUACUGUAACAUGAGUGACCGGUAACUCACGUUACAUGAAGUAACGUGGGUUACCGAUGUUAAGUUUGAUCCAAUGUGACUGGAUUUGUAAUAUUGUAGUAUUAUGUUGAAUUUAUUGUAUUGUUUUAGAAAUAAUGGCUUUGACGGAAGCUGAAAAGAUGAGGCGUCGAAGGGAAAAACUAAAAAAACUGAAACAAUACGAUGAUUUUAAGGCCAAACAUAGGCAACAAGCACAAAAAAGUAGCGCUAAGGCAAAAAUAGAGCUAAAUAAAUUACCUAAAACAAAAUUGAACAAAAAACUAGAGGAAAUAAGAAGGAAAACUAGAGAAAGAGUACAAAGACAUCGAAAUAAGAAGAAGGAACUUUUAGACGAUAACCAACUGGAAAGUACUUCUUAUUCUAAUCCUAAAACCCUUGGUAAAGCUAAAUCUAGGGUUAAAAAAGCAUUGCCUGCAUGUCCUUUACGGAAGAAAGCUGUACUUCAAAAGAUUUUGGAGGAAAUAGAUAUAGAACCAUCAACUUCUACACAAAAAUCAAAACACUGCAUCUCUGAUGAAAUAUUAGCAAAAGUGAAGCAAUUCUAUGAAAGAGAUGAUAUAAGUAGGCAGGCUCCUGGCUUAAAAGACGUAAAAACCGUACGUGAGGUUCAAAGUGGCGAUCUGGAUGAACUGCAGAAACAUUUGAUCGAUCUGACUCCUUCCUUCAAAGUUCAUAGCUUUGUUAAGAAUAGCCAAGCAAAAGCUUAUGAAAAAGACAAAGAGGCAGUCACCAAAAACAAAAAUGAAGUGACAAGUCUCUUGCAGAUUGAUUUCUCAGAAAAUUAUACCUGCUUGGCUCAGGACGAAGUGCAGAGCUUUCACUGGGUGCAACCGCAGGUUGGUAAUAAAUAUUCAAGUGUGAAAGUUAUAAAUGUCAACGAAGAAGAAAUUGAAAGGAGGUUUGCAAAUUUAAAAUUAAAGGAUGUCUUUGACGCAGCUGUACACGUUGAGGGUAUUGCAAAGAUACACAAUAUUUAUACCAGCAAUUGUGUGGUGAAAACUGUGUCCGUCACCAUUGACUCAAAUCUUAUAAAAGAAAAAUCAUUUUAUCAUACUGUGUAUGGAUCAGACGAGUCUGAUAGCUCUGAUGAUGACGUUCCUUUGUCUAUUAUAAGGAAAAAAUGUUAG